AUGACGUCAUCCGUGUCACACAAACGCUGUAGAGUCUCUACAACGUCAGCAUUGUGGGAGUGUAGAGGGAGUUCCAAAGGGAAAUCCCCUUCCAAGCAUGGGACAAUGCUCUCUGUAGGGAGUACAAUGUAUUGCAUUGAGAUUCAGCCAAGAAUCCAAGCAGCACAUGUGGUUUUGUCUACUGUCUGCCCCACCAUCUCAAUCACAUGCAAUUCUAUUGACACUACAGGAAACGUGAAUGUAAGCGGGGAGACUUUGUGUGGAUGGGACUCACCAAAGCUGAUUCUUUCUAGCAAGCCGAUAAUCAAUGUAGUAGCUCAAGUAGGAUUGUGCAUGAGGUUACGAACAGAAAGGGAUUUCCUGGCUGAACAGAUUGUUGAAAAUGCUUUAUCAGAUUCUGAUAACGAAGGGAAAGUUUCUUGUCAUGUCGUCCUUAGAUGUGGGUUUUGUAAUAACCCCCUCAACAAAACAAACAAUGAGUUCAAGCGUGCUCUCCCCCUCCCAUCAGAAGCAUGGUAUGAAUUCGAUGCAUUUUGCCAUGGAGACGAUCACAAGCCCAGUCAGCUAAUCCCACGAGAGGGAGAUCUAUUGUCAGGAGAGUCAGUGCUUCUUGUAGAUGGUAGUUCACUCUCCUCAAGCAGUUGCACGAGAGAAAAUAAUAAGCUAAUCUGUAAAAGGUGUCGCAGUAUUUGUGGGAGUCUUCUUAAACCCAAUGAUGGAGAAGGAGUGAUGGCUACCGAUCCUCUCAGUUGUUGCAAAUUAGAGCUAAGAAGGUCUAAAGUGUCUAUCGUACAGAGCGUGUCAUCUCUUCAGAUGUCCACCUGUCGAUUUGCUCGGACGCUUCAUAGUUUCUCGAGAUCCAAAGAAGUGUUUCGUUUCAAAGUUUGCGACCAAACAGGAAGGGCUUACCUGUCCGUAUGGCUCAUGAAUACUGUCAGCAGGGUUAUUCACAACUGUGCUGAGCGCUUUGAAAAACUCCUUUGGAAAUUCAUAGGUGAGGCAGGGGAUGUCUACACUACACUUCUACCCACUGAUGGCUAUGUACUCAAAGUCAUGUUCAAAUCGCAUUUGGGAAAAGGGUGUGUUGGUGUGGCAGUGGUGGAGGAAGCUCUGAGGUUGGACACAGAAGAAUGCCUGAGGCUACUGCUACUACUAACUCUGAGUAAUCACAUCUUACCACCCUCACAAAGGAUUAUCCAUGGCUAUAAGAUCGGAUUACUUUCAAUAUUGUGAUUCAAACACGAACAAUUCAAUGACAGUGUGUAUAGUGAUACUUGUAGUUAGUAGAGCUACGUAUAUUAAUGUUUUUUGUUAUUCAGAGAUUUAUUAAUAGUGGCUGUUCCUCAA